GUGUUUGAGAUAACACUCAGCAGAGGAUACGGUGAGACAAACUUCCGUGAUGACCUGAAAGCUCUGUACCUGAAGCUUGGCAUCGAAAAUCAGAAGACAGUGUUCCUCUUUACUGAGGCCCAUGUUGCAGAGGAAGGCUUCUUGGAACUCAUUAACAACAUGCUCACCUCAGGCAUUGUUCCCGCAUUGUUCCCUGAUGAUGAGAAGGAGGGCGUACUCAACCAGCUUCGUGAUGAGGCUCUUACAAUGGGAGCAGGUCCUUCUAAAGAGAGUGUGUGGCAAUAUUUUGUCAACAAGAGUGCCAACAAUCUACACAUUGUUUUAGGCAUGUCACCAGUGGGAGACACCCUUAGGACUCGCUGUAGGAACUUCCCAGGACUGAUGAAUAAUACUGUCAUAGACUGGUUCCUGCCAUGGCCUCCUCAGGCGUUACUUGCAGUGGCUCAGUCUUUCCUUG